UUCUAAGCUCAGUAAGAAUGGAUCAGUCACGCCUACGAUGCUGAGUUAGGAUAUAAGAAAUGAGCAGUAUGCUCUGAUAUCCAGUCACCUGUGGUCGGUGGUACGAUUCGGUACUCGCUCUCAGGAUGGAAGAUUGGGCAUCAGGUCUUGUAGCUUUAGUGACCGGAGGUGGUCGCAGAGUGGGCAAGGCCAUUGCUACAGCUCUUCACAAGACUGGAUAUAAAGUUGUGAUUCACUGCAACUCUUCCAAGGAUGCUGCUCUCGAGUUUGCCAACGAGCUCAACAGCCAGCGUCCAGACACAGCCUUCGUCGUAAGCGGCGAUUUAUCCACAGACGUGGUGGACACCUGCCGAAGGCUGGUGAAGGAGGCGACGGAGAAAUGGGGACGUCUUGACCUCCUCGUGAACAACGCUUCCUUGUUCUUCCUCACGCCCCUGGACACGGCUACAGACCAGCAGUGGAAUCAGCUAAUGGACACAAACCUGAAGGCCCCUUAUUUCUUAGCACAAGCAGCAUCUCCUCAUCUGCGUCAGACGAAGGGGAACAUUAUCAAUAUGUGUGACAUCAUUGGGGAGCGAGCCUCUCCACCUCUCACUAUCUAUGGCAUCAGCAAAGCUGCGCUCAUCAUGACUACUAAGAACCUGGCCAUUGAAUUGGGACCAGAGGUUCGUGUGAACUACAUCUGCCCUGGAGCUGUGAUGUGGCCGGAGGUCGAGAAGGACCAUCACGACGACUCUUUCAAAAACGAGUGGUUAUCUAGAACUCCCCUGAAUGUCAUCGGAACGGGAGAGAACGUAGCAGACGCCGUUCUGUUCUUGGCCUCACCCUCAUCGUCAUACAUGACCGGUUCUUGCAUCAGGAUUUGUGGUGGGCGUUCCCUCAGACUCUGAAAAAAAGUGACAUAAUAAAUUGCCUUCGUAUGACUUACCGGAGGCAAAAUAUCAUGAUCGUUGAAACCUGAUCUACGGUUGAGAGGGAAUCUAAUUUGUCUACAGAAAAAUUGUUCAAUCUAGAAUCUUUUUUAUAAUCUUUAGUGGUUCUCUUUAUUCUCUAAUAUCGGAAGCGUUGAUAUAAAUUUCUUAGAAUAUUCAAAAUUAUACAAAGGCUGUCCUCCGGAAAACAGGUUCAGAUGAAGAUUUUCCUUUGCAUAGUCUCUCUUGAUUUGCAGAAAUCUCUCAAAAUAAUUUUUUUUAAUGUUGAAUUAAAUCUACAUAAAUGAAGCAUUUUGUCUGUGUAGUCUCCAUAAAUUUUCAUUACAGUAUAUUGUUGUUGGGUAAUAUGUAUAAUAGAGGAUCUGUUUUGUAGAGUCCUCUCUUGCUAUUGAAGUUCUCAUUAUUGCUAGAUUAAAUACAAACACUCUGCAGGAAGCACCUUCCCGUAUAAUUGCUACUUUUGAACAAUACCCUGCUUCUAUUCCAGUCUAUUACACCAUUAAUUGGCCAUAAUGUACAUUGAGUGCAUUGCUUUUGUUGUUUGUACGUAUACACGACUGAUGCUGUUUGGCUCGGGUAGCAAGAUUUCUCCCAGUUUGUCCUAUAUAAAAUUUUCCACAUGAACGUGGAAUUUGGUAAACAACACCGUCAUGCUUUGAUUUGUUUUCAAUUAAAAUUUUACCUAUGGUAGAAGGGAAUGAAAACAUUACUUGAAUAUUGAGGAUUUUAAGUGGUUGAAUAAUGUUAUCAAAAAUAGGGUGAUAUGGAAGGGGGAGUUUAACCUUUCCAAUAUCAAAUGGUCCAUAUUUAAAAUAAAAGGUUUUCGGGCCAAUCUGAAACAUU